AGACUGAGGGUGGCAGGAGCAAUUGUAGCAGUUAAAGCAGCGGGCUUGGAGUCAGGACUUCUGGGUUGUAGUCUGGACUCUGCUGCUGAAUCACCAUAUGACCUCUGGGGCAAGUCACUUCCCCAUCCCAUGCCUCAGUUUCCCUGUCUGUAAUACUGGGGCAAUAAUACCUUACUUACAGGGGUGUUGUGAAAAUUCAAGUGUAAAUGGCUUUGGGAGCCUCACAGGUAGGGGAGGAAAGGACAGAAUGAGAGGGAUUUAUUUGGGGCUGGAGGAGAUGUAUGUUCUAUAGGGGCGUUCCAGAAAUCUCUGUUUCCCCAGUGACUCCCAGAGCAGCCUAGGCAAACUCUCCUCAAAGUGACCCUGGCACUGUUGGGUCUCUUCUGUCUCCCAUCCAGGCUACUAAGCCUGCAGCCCGGCGAACCAAAGGGGUGAGUGAGGAUUUAGCCAAGUGAGGUCUGACCUGGAAGCCCCACUCGUGCUGGGAGCCAAAGGCAGAACGAGACAGUCGGUCUCUGCUGUGCCCGUAGGGAAAGGAGGCCAGUCUGUGGGAUCUGCUGCUCUCAUUUACAGGGUUCAUUUAAUUAAAAGGCAGUUAAGCUAAUCAUUGUCUAUAUUCAAAACAAACAGAACCAGAGGUGCAUGAGCCAUUAACCCUUUGGGCUCGGUGCUGCCUGGUGACCACAGCCUGUCUACCCUCGGAGCAGGGUCAAUGUGGGCAGUGGCAGAGUUAGCUUCUCUCAGGCAGGGCCCUCUGCCCAGCACUGUCCUGGCAGCCCCCUUCUGGGGUAGGUGGGGAGUUCAGGCCCCAUUCAGCCCUUGACUCCUGGCCCAGGGGCUAGUUGCCUUUUCAUUGGCAAUUGCAAUCCCAUCUUGCCCUGGAGCAAGUGCUCAAACAAUACCUCACCACUGCCUCCUCUGCUCUCACAGGGCCCCAGGCCUGUUCCGUAGCUCACGUCCAGUGCCAGGUGAGACAUUUGGUGCAAAGUGUCGGUUUAACUUUUCUAAUGGGGCAUUGAUCAGUAGCCCAAGUCUGGCACCAACUUGCCCGUCUUCCAAAGUGGGGCAAUACAACCUGCAGCACCGAGAAGCAAAGUGUCUCCAGCUCAUCACAAAGGAAGUCAGGGCUUCUCCCAGGUGGGGGUUCCAGUCAGGCUCUGGAUAGCUGAGUGCAAUGUCGUGGCCAGGUGUGUCCUGCCCCAACAAGCGAAGGUGUGUACGCACCUCCCUUCACCUUUGGUGAGGUAAGGAAAGGGGGUCCGAUUCCUCAUUGUCCUGGUGAGAGCGGCAUGCUACCAGCUCUAUGUAGUAGGCUGUUAAACCUGCUUGCUCCCGGGUGUGACAAGUGCCAAAGGCACCGGGCAGCGCUGACUGACCCCUUGUGUUGAUUAAUGUACUUCUAUAGGACAUGGGUGUUUCUCAGCUUGUUUUCAGUCAAUUUGUGGUCGCUGUUCCCAUGUUUGUAAGGAUCCUGACUCGCAUUUAAUCAAAAGAGAAGAAGUUUCCCCAACUCCCGCCAAAGGUAUCUGACGUAGUGGGAGGACACUAACCCCCUGCUGGUCACAGGGGACCUUAAAACAGCUGGACAAAAUUCCCUUUAAAUGUGAUCCUCAAUAAUACAGCUUAGCUCUUGCAUUGUCUUUUUUCAUCCAUAGAACUCAAAGCACUAUGCAAGGCUACUACAGAUGGGGAAACUGAGGCAUAGAAAGCCAACAUGAUCUGCCCCCAUGGUACACAUCAGAUCAAUGACAGAGCUGAGACUAGAACCCAGGAUCCUGGUGCCCCAUCCACCAAAGGUUUGAAAAUGGGAGUCAGCAGAACCAAGUUUAUGCUACUGGCUCCAUCUCCAAAAUUUACGCAAGUUAUUUCCAUGUCUAACCCCACUGAACCCUCUUUUCAUAUGCUGGGAAGUCUCCUGCUUUGACUCCCUUUUGCUGGGGAAGGGGCUGUCCCUUUAAGAGCAAAAAGAACUGGGGUGGAUGACACAAGCUGGUUUAGUGUAGCUAUUAACAGAUACAAGGAUUAGGAAGCUGCCAGAAAAAUCUUGGCAUUCGAGGGAUUGUGCUGCAUCCUGCACGAGUGCCCAUGGGACAUGUCUGUGCUGGGGAGGAGAGGACUCCCAGACAUGAACUUGGCUGGGUCCAGAAAUCACAGCACAAGGGCACUGGCUUGACAUUGCCUGGCCUUUGUGAGGGUUGCAGUAGCACAGGAUCUGCCACUCAACCAUGUGAUGGGAAGAGAGACCCUCUCAUCCUUGCAUGCUGGCUGCGUUCAGGGAAGCAUCAUGCUGACCAGUAUCGCCGAUGGGAUCAUGUGUUGCUUGAUGGGCAAGACAACCAAUGCGGUGGGGCCCGUGGACAGCGUUGAGUCCAGCGACGGCUACAGCUUCCUGGAGGUGAAGCCCGGGAGGGUCCUGCGGGUGAAACACGCCCUGCCCACCCGCCAGCCCGAGGAGGGACCCGAGAGGCCCGAGCCGGGUGUGGUGCACUGUAAGCGCAAGAUCACCCUCUACCGCAAUGGGCAGCUGGUGAUUGAGAACCUGGGUGAUGCCAUCCGCUCUGAGCUCCUGCACUGCCAGAACGGCCCCAUGGAGCCCCAGAGCACCAUGGAACUGGAGCUCUCGGACGUUGCUGGCAAUGCCUCCACCCAGGGCGCCACCAACCCGGGCUCCGGCGCCCAGCAGGCUCUGGUGCCCGGCAAGCGCCGGAAACGCAAGCCCAAGAAGGUUGUCAAUAUCGACUGCAAGAAGCAGAUCAGCAGCUGCAAGGGGACGCAGAGUGACGUGGUGCUGUUCUUCAUCCACGGCGUGGGCGGCUCCCUGGACAUCUGGAAGGAGCAGCUGGACUUCUUCAGCAAGCUGGGCUACGAGGUGGUGGCCCCAGACCUGGCUGGACAUGGCUCUAGCUCCGCCCCGCAGAUCGCGGCCGCCUACACCUUCUAUGCCCUGGCUGAGGACAUGAGGGCCGUCUUCAAACGCUAUGCAAAGAAGAGGAACAUCCUGAUAGGCCACUCGUACGGGGUUUCCUUCUGCACCUUCCUAGCCCAUGAGUACCCAGACCUGGUCCACAAGGUUAUCAUGAUCAACGGGGGUGGCCCCACCGCGCUAGAGCCCAGCCUGUGCUCCAUCUUCAACAUGCCAACCUGCGUCCUUCACUGCCUGUCCCCCUGCCUGGCCUGGAGCUUCCUCAAGGCUGGCUUCGCUCGCCAGGGUGCCAAAGAGAAGCAGCUGCUCAAGGAAGGCAACGCCUUCAACGUAUCCUCCUUCGUCUUGCGGGCCAUGAUGAGUGGGCAGUACUGGCCGGAGGGUGACGAGGUCUAUCACGCUGAGCUCACUGUGCCGGUGCUGCUGGUGCAUGGCAUGCAUGACAAGUUUGUGCCAGUGGAGGAGGAUCAGCGGAUGGCCGAGAUCCUGCUGAUGGCGUUUCUGAAGGUGAUUGACGAGGGCAGUCAUAUGGUGAUGAUGGAGUGUCCGGAGACGGUGAACACCCUGCUCCAUGAGUUCCUCCUGUGGGAGCCCGAGACUCCUGCCGGGGAAGGGCGAGAAGUGGAGAAGAAAUAAGCCAGUCAGCGAGUGGUGACCCGGCUGCGGUGCUGCUUUGACGGGAGGGACUUUUCGACUUGGAGAGAGACGGGGUCUGAGUGCAGGAGCAGAGGAGGGGUGUGGUGGAAAGGCUCCUCCCUGGCCACGCCUGGAGGUGCUUCCUUCCCGGGAUACAGCUGAAUUGGAAGCUGGGCUGGCUGGCGGCUAAGCACAAUGGCUUCAAGGGGAGCCUCUUUGCAGGGCCUGGCGCGUGCAGGCUGGCGGCAGGAGUAAGGCAAACUGGCCCAGGGGCGCACUCCCUGGGAGGGCAAGCAAGCUGCUGGAGCAUCUUCAUCCUGUUUCCUUGUAUAAUUUCUCUCAUACAAUGGCCCCAUUUGGGGCAGGGGGUGGAGAAGGGAGACUGCAGGGAGGGGCUCAGACCGGUACAGCAUGUGGGGCCUCUCCGCUUCCCAUAGCAUCCCACUCCCAAUUCACCAAAGGGGUGCUUUAAGGGAGAAGCACAAGAUGAGGAUGGACAAAGCCACAAGGAGCAGGCUCUUCCCACGAGCUCUUAGCAACUAGAUCCCCCGGUUUGCUUCGGCUGAACGUGAGCCAGCCCUGGACAGCUGAAGCGCCUCGCUGGAGGGCCAGUGGUGAGCUUGACCCUGCCCGACAGAGGGUACCUGCCCCGAAGGGCUCACAACCUAAUGGUCGUCUGGCUUUUGCCCCGGGGAGAAGAGGCAGAGAAGUGAGGACUGGUCACCAUGCAUGUCUGGCUGGUAGCAGAGCAAGGCGGGAUAGUGACUUGUGGUGCCAGACUCUGAAGAGAAGCCCUUGAGCCUGGCUCUGGGACAGAGGGACGGCUCCUGCUGAACGCUAGCUGCCCUGCCUUGGGGCUGGGCCCAUAGCUCAGCUUGACACCAGCUGUCCAAGAGGAGGGGGCGGAUGAGCAGAGGCCGAGCUGUCCAGCAGCAGGAUCUACUGUUCUCAGCACACCCCAAGCAUGCCUUCCACCUCCUAACCCAUCAGUGCUUUAGGUACCUUUUCCCUGGCUUCAUCCAUACGGCGACCCUCCGUUUCCCCACACAACCUUCAAUGAACCGAUAGGGCCGGGGAGGGUCUUGGGGAACUGAUUUUGACACCGUCCCAUGAUCAGUCAGACCGUAGGUCAAGGACAUUGCAGCCGGAUUCACUACGACCCCAAACUGCUCCCUUCACUGGGGCCAGGUCCUGCCUCAGGGCAUUUUCCUCGCCAGCCUCCCGCUGAGCAUCUCCCGAGCGUAGUUUGGUAGCCCAGAUAGAAGCGGAGCGUGUCCGCUUGUGAAGCAGAGAGGGAGCCGUGGCACAUCAUCAUCUAGCCCUUAACACACUGUGCGUCCAUCCAUCCCCGUUAGCGUCACCUUUCGCACCCAAACCUGGUGGGCAUCGAGUAAUCUAGCCCUGGAUUAGUGUGGGGAGGGGAAUGCUGCAAGGAGUGAAAGAAUCACUACAAAAGAAAACCAGUCACGUUACCUAUAGAUGCAACUACUGUGGAAAAACAGCCCUCUGAUGCUGUCCAUGCGGCUUUUCCUCUGGACCCUGGCAAAACCAGCAGUGGGGCAGGCACCGUCUGAAAGGGGUAGGGAGGGGCUGAGUCGGUUGCAGAGCGGGCUGCGAAGAGUUGAAAGUUGAGCUCUGGGGCUCCCCCUCCACUUUGACAGCAGCGACCAUUUGAUCCCUUCCACAGCGGGGUGGACAGGAGCUGCAGGCCAGAAUGACCCAGAGGCAGAGGAAAAAGUCUCUCCCCACCCCUCAUUUUCAGCUACUAGGAGUGAGGGGAUGGGUGGGGGCUGCUGCGUGACGGAGGCCUGGCUGGGACAGCUGCUGCAGUUCUCCCCCACGCAGCCAGGCCUCCUGUCGGCUCCCUCCUGCUCCACGCUGGAUUAUUGCCAGCUGACGGCCCAUAAAGGAACAGCGCUUCGUGGGCAUAGGGCUGCACACCAACCCUGUGCAGCAUCGCCAGAGCCCACGCUGGGUGCAGGGAUCUCUCCCUUCCCUGCUCCGUCAUUGAAACCAAAGAGAUACAAACAAGCCUGUUUGUCCUGUACAGGCCUCCGCAGAGCUCCCACACUCUGCGGAGAACUGAAUGGGAUGGGGCAGGGCAGAGCUUCUGGACACUUCGCCCCAAGAACAGGCUGAGCCGAUCCUCCCCUGGAGCUAGAUCAAGUUGCUGGAAGGACUUUUGGGGGCCUCCUGAGUGCAGCUGACCCCCUGCUCUUCUGCACAGCCAGGGCUGAGGUGCUUCCAACGUGCCAGGCCGUGGGAGGGGCUUCUGCGCCCACCUCUGCGUGACAGCACCACUUCUCCAAGGCCAAACCUGCUCCAGGCACGCUCAGCCCUGCUACGGACUGCAGCGGCUGUGGACGAGCCAAGCUCAGCAGUGGCUCUUGGCUUGGCCCUCGGGAGCACAGCCCCAGGGUCUCCGACACGACAACAGUAACCGCCAUAAGCCUAGCGAUGGCCCCUCCAGAACAGAACCCGUCUCCCGAGCCAGCAGGUUCUAGUGGGGAGGAAGCCUGAGUAUGGCAACCCACCAUAUGCGACAGCCACCUGACUCCCUGCCCCGCGGGAACCAGCCGGUAUGGAUCACUGACUGAAGGGCAUCGCUCCCGGGUGCUCCUGACCCAUGCGGCUGUGGUGGACUUGGCUCCUGGCCCCUGCUGUCUGUACCCAUUUGUCUCAUAAUGAGAAUUUUAACGACUUACAAGGAGGUUCAAAACGUGUUUCCAUUUAGUUGACUUUGCCUCCAGUGAACUGUGUGACCAAGUGGCUGCUAUUAACCAAUAGAGGCAGAAAUCUCUAGACUAACGCCAUCUAGACACCCUUGUCAUCAGUUACAUGGCUGGACGACCCCCGUGUUACAGCAUCUCUAUUAUCCUUUGUGUCCUUAAUUCUUAGUGGAAGCUGCCUAGCACUUCAGCCUUCUGAUGUUUUAUUUCAGAGCAGCUGCAGAAAUGUGCAUAGACCUGUUGUAACCUUCUGUUUGUUAGGGACCCUCCCUUUGCAAACUGAAUCCUCGGGGGUUAUUGCUGUGGGGCUUGGAAGCACUUUGCUUUUGAAUGAGAUGUAGAACUGGUCAGGAAAGAUCCCCCAGCUCACUGGGAAAGGGCACGGGGACAUUAACCUCAUUGUUCUGGCCCAGUCCCACUCUGGGUAAUUACAUUGUGUCUGCUUAAAUUAACCCUGCCAUUGCCAAGUGAAACGGUUGUGCAGCCUUUUGCUGCAUGCUAUUAAACAGCUGCUGCAUUUCAGCGGGCAGUGGAAUUAUCCUGCUGUGGUUUGGACAGCCCUGGCUCACUGGAAACUACAGACAACAGAUUCUCUUUGCAGGGGAUUUGCAUGGGCAUCUCCGAGAGAAGCAGCAACUCAGCCAGCUCUGGCCCCGAGCAUCAGGAAAACGACACAGCAGCUUCCAAGGAGGAAGAGCUGCACUGAUCAGGGACUAAAUGGCAGACAGGCUCCUGCCUCUAGUUCAUUGUUAUGAUGGGGUCUGGAAAUGCUAAUACUGCUCUGAGAAAGCAGAGGGGUCUGUCAGACACACCAUGGAAUGAGAAAUGUGCAAUAACAACUCCAUUACCAGAGAAUGGAUUUGCACUGGACCCUGCGCUGAGUGCAGACAGGGAUGGCUGCAUAGUCAGCCAGCCACCAGAGAACAGUGUCACUGUAGUGUAAAGAAAUCUGCUUACUGCAGUAGACAGACUGUUCUCCCUCCCCACUCCCCAGAACAGUGGCAGCAGUGGGCAGCUAUUGACCAUGGCAAAGGAAGAGGUACUAGACCCAAUUCCUCCAAACCCCACACCCUAUGCAGUCCCUUACACCAGUGGAUGUAAAAUGCUAUCAACUCCAAACAGCACCACCUUAGCACUAAGGGUUAAUGGCUGCCUAAGGUGUGGGGUGAAGAGGAUGUGGGUCACCUGGGUGCAGCCCUGUCCCACUCUUCCCCUCACCAUUAGAGCAGGGUGUGUUCAACUAGCCCCACUGAUGGGUGGGAGGGUAGGAGCUAUUCUCCAAUGAGGAGGGAGAAGAGGCCAAUGCUUUGGCUAGGUUCUCUCCCGCUAAGUGGCAAGGGUGAGGCUCCCAGAGAACUGUCUGUAAACACCAGCCCCAGGCAGGCUGUGGCCCCGCAGAUGGAAGCCUGCUGCUGGCACUGGACUGCCAUGCUGUCUGAUUUGUCCAUUAACAGUCCCUCCCUACAGCUGGGCCCCAAGAGCUGCUUCCCCCAUCCUGAUUUGUACUUGGAAACACAGGGUUGACCUUGUCGCUAGGUUGAGGUGACUGUUACUGUGCCCUGUUGUGGUACACGUUCUUUUAAGUGUUUGUUGCCAUGAAUUUUGGAGUCUGUGCCACUUGUACCUGACCCUGCUUGUGUGGAAGCAAAAGGAAAGUUGUGUGCUGUGAUCCACCAUUUAAAAAUGAAACCCUAACCUGUGAACGUGCCAUUUCAUACAGUAAAUAUCUACGAUAUUCUCAA